AUGGUAGAGGAUAAAAAGGAAUCUGACGUUGUUGUUGUUGGGGCUGACGGCGGUGUAUGCCGCUCCCCAGUACUUCAUACCUUCUCCAUCACCACCCCCACCCCCACCGCCACCACCACCGCCACCACCGCCACCACCACCACCACCCCCACCUCCAACACCUCCACAACCACCUCGAACAUACAUCACUCCAGGCUCACCACCACCACCACCUCCAACACCUCCACAACCACCUCGAACAUACAUCACUCCAGGCUCACCACCACCAGAGACACCAACAAACACCAACAUUCCUCUGGAAACUGGAGUAGUAAAACCAGCAGUGAGAUCAUAACUGAGGAGCGUGUGGGACCUGACGCACAGGGUAACUACAACUUUAUCUUCGAGAGUAGUGACGGCAUCAGUCGUAAGGAACAAGGAGCUCCCCAGGGCGAGUGGGGCGCCGUAGCAACUCAAGGAGAAUGGUCGUUUACCUUCCCUGACGGCACUCCUGCUCAUUUCUCCUUCGUUGCUGACGGCAACGGUUUUAAUGUACAAUCUGACCAGUUGCCCGUGGGCCCGCCCAUGCCAGCCCACGCUAUUGCCCAGAUCGAGGCAGCCCGUCUGGAGGAUGAAGCUGCAGCCGCCUCUUCCGAUACCAGUCAAGCUGUAGUCGUUUCUCCCACUUUUAGUCAACCACCUGCUGCUGCCUUCCCCGAUAUCAGGCAAGUUGCAGCUGUAUCUCCUGUUGUCAGUCAAGCUGUAGCCGUUUCUCCCACUUUUGAUCAACUACCUGAUAUCGCUGUCCUCGAUAUCAGGCAAGCUGCAGCCGCCUCUUCCGCUACCAGUCAAGCUGCAACCGUGUCUCCAGUUGCCAGCCAACCUGUCCCUGCUCCCUCGUCCAUUUACAGGGCUCCUUAGAUGACCUAAUUUGUUCUGCCCAUGGCAAGGCUUAGCUUUCGUGUAAUGUGUGCAUAAGUGCGAAUUCAAGAUAAAUUGUAAGUUUCUGUUCUGGUUGACGCUACUUCAUAAAUCUCUGAAGUCAUCUCUUAAUUAAUGCUCUUGAUUUCUAAUUUUCUACUUUGCACCAAAUCCAUUUACAUUUCUCUGUAUGUGCAUCUCUGAAUAAUCUUUACCUGAUUAGAAUUUAUAAUAUUCUAGGAGCUUUCAUGCAUCUAGGACAUUGUAAAUGAGGUGUUGGGAGCAAUAAGAGCGAACUCUAUAUAUGAACUUUAAUAGAAAUUAAUCCUUAAAACACUAUGUUGUGCAUGCAAAAAAUAAUAAUCAUUAAAAAGUUGUUUUCAUUAUUUUAUGCGUGCAUAACUAUUAUUGUUAUUAUUAUUGAUAUUAUUAUUAUU